AGAUGGCAACACUAAACUAGAGAUUACAUAAUUUCCGUCAUGCGCUGUCAGUGUGCUCACUAUUUCCUUUAACACUGUGCGUCAGGCGCGGUGCGGUGUGUUCACGUUGUGUAGUAGUUUCUAUCGGAUUUAAAACAUAAAUAUGUUCUCAUCCCUGAUGGACGCGGCGCGGAACUCGCCAUUCCGCGGACCGCUCUCUCCCGCGCAGUGCCAGACCUCCACAGUCCCAACUGUACCAACAACACAGAGCGGAAUGGCCGCAUCGACGCCUCAGGGCGACUCCUGCGAGUUCGCAUCACCAAAGUACUUCGCGUUGUGCGGUGUCGGUGGCAUCCUCUCCUGCGGUAUCACCCACACGGCGGUAGUACCUCUCGACCUGGUCAAGUGCCGUCUUCAGGUCGACCCUGACAAGUACAAGAACGUGGUGAAUGGAUUCAAAGUGUCUGUCCGAGAGGAGGGCAUGCGCGGUCUCGCCAAGGGAUGGGCGCCCACUUUCAUCGGUUACUCGCUGCAGGGCCUGUGCAAGUUCGGUCUGUACGAAGUGUUCAAGGUGGGCUACUCUGGCAUGCUGGAUGAGGAGACCGCGUACACUUACCGCACGUUCGUAUACCUCGCCGCCUCCGCCUCCGCUGAGUUCUUCGCUGACAUCGCGUUAUCUCCUUUGGAAGCUGCCAAGGUGCGAAUCCAAACUAUGCCUGGCUUUGCAUCGACGCUGCGUGAGGCGUGGCCCAAGAUGGUGCAGAAUGAGGGCUACGGCACAUUCUACAAAGGACUCGUGCCUCUGUGGGGCCGACAGAUCCCUUACACCAUGAUGAAAUUCGCUUGCUUCGAAAAGACACUCGAACUGCUCUACAAGUACGUGGUGCCGAAGCCCCGUGACCAGUGCACGAAGGGCGAGCAGCUCGUGGUGACGUUCGCGGCGGGCUACAUCGCCGGCGUCUUCUGCGCCAUCGUCUCUCACCCCGCCGACACCGUCGUCUCCAAGCUGAACCAGGACAAGACUGCGACGGUGGGCUCGAUCGUAGGCAAGCUGGGAUGGGCCGGCGUAUGGAAGGGUCUCGGACCCAGGAUUGUUAUGAUUGGUACCCUCACCGCACUGCAAUGGUUCAUCUAUGAUGCUGUCAAGGUAUGGCUCCGAAUGCCGCGCCCGCCGCCCGCCGAGAUGCCGGAGUCCAUGCGCAAGCGGCUCGAAGCCGAGGAGGCCGCCAAGGCGAAGUGAACUCGCGCCCGCGAGACAUACGUCGCAAGUUAUUAGCGCACGCCGGCAACGCGACUCGUGUUCACAAUAUCCAAUCGCCAUUCAUAUUCCUAUUGUAAUUAUUUAGCUAACGCUGCAAUUUAACGGUAGAACCAGUUAAAUUGCGUAGUCUACUAUUGGACUGGACGAGAUUUAAUUGUGAUGUGGGGUCGAGAUUCCAUUCCGUCGUGCGCGCUAAUAACGUUGUGUGGCACAUUAUGCGAUAGGGACGAUUUUAUUUCUAUAUGUAUCCGAUAUUGGUAUGAUAUUGACAUAAAUUGAUAUUAAAUAUAUUUAGCGGCUCGUCCCGCGUCGUGUAAUGUUAGAUAAAUUGUUCCAAAUAACAUGGUUAGGGUAAGUGAUUGGCAACGAGACGCGAGUGGAGCUCAACAUAACAUUUGAAGCCUUUGCCCAACCUUAGUUACGAUCCUGCAAACAUCGCAUAGAACCUUGUGAUUACCAUUUAACAGUAUGUUACAUAAGUAAAAUAAAUAAUCAUGUUAAUUUAUUUUAAAAAUAAAGCAUAUUUUAUUUAUUAUUUUUUUCGUUUAUCUCUAUGUACAUAACCUGUGUAAUUGGUGUUUAUGAAUAGUUAACACAAUAAAGUUGCUAGAAUCA